AAUGAACCUUUUAACACCAAAAACUACAUCCAUUCUUUGAGUAGCACUUGCAAUUAAGUAAAAACAUAGUGCAUGUCUUCUUCUCUUUUGGUCAACUGAAAAUGGUGAUAACACCUUGUUCUUCUUUAUUUCAGUAGGAAUCUUUAGAAUUUUUAUGUGUUUUUUUUUUUUUUUGCAGCUUAUUGCUUUAUUAUUUCCUUAAUUAAUAUACAUUGCAAUGUGAUCAAUAUAGCUUUAAAUAUUUCCACUGGAGUUCUUGAAAAUUGGUCGACUUAAAACUUGUCUUCACAUCCAUCUCCGUUUCAUCCAAAAUUUCUCUCUAUAUAUUUGUGCAUGCAUUUUCUUGACUUCAUCCACAAACAAGAAAAAUAUUACUUCUUUGAAUCCUCAAUUAAACUCAAAAAAGAGAGAUAUGAUGAGAAUCAUGGUAGCAUUGGUUCUGGCAAUUGUGGUCAUGAACAUGGCCUCAUUAGGCCAUGCCCUUCCGGACGACCAAAGUCCGGCCGCCGUCGAAAAAUGGUUCCAGCAGCUUCCCAAUGCAGUCCCUAAGCUGACAAAACUCCACUUCUAUCUUCACAACAUCGUCAGCAAGAAGCCUCCGGCGAGUACUCCGAUCGCUCAGGCGGCCUCCACGGCCACGUCGCCGACGAAGUUCGGCCUAGUCACCAUACUAGACGGUCCGUUAGCCAAGAAACCAUUCUCACCAAACGUCAUUGGAUAUGCUCAGGGGCUAUUCACUUUGUCGUCGCAGGAAGAAAUGAGUACACUUAUCACGGUAAAUUUUGUUUUCACCGCGGGUAAAUACAAAGGCAGCACUCUCAGCGUCUUGGGACGUAACGUGGUGUUCGCCCCCAUCAGGGAGUUCCCCAUCAUUGGCGGUUCCGGCGAUUUCCGGCUGGCGCGUGGAGUCGGCACGUGUACUACAAACUACCUGAACACCACCACCGGAGAUGAUAUUCUCGACGUUAAUUUCGUAUUCUACCGUUACGUUCUUCCUGGUCAGGAGGACUUUGACUCCGAUGCUGAGGAAGAAUGAGCAUUUGUUGCCUUAUCGAAUCCGGUUUCUUAGUUUUAUGCUUUUCGCUUUUGUAGUGUUGAUUUCAUGCUUUUCAUACUACUGUGUACAACUUGUUUCCCUUGUGAAAUCAAUAAAGUUGUUGUUUUUGGCCAUCGGUACUUACUUCCGGCGUCGUCUUCCAUGAACUUCGAUCGGUCAGAAAAAGGAAGAAGCUCAAAGGGUUAUAAACCAUGCAUUUUUAUCUAAAUUCUUUCCGUG